GGAACCCGAGGCGGGGGGAGCCGGAGGGGCGGGCAGAGGAGGUGUCGAGGCCCUGAGCUCCCGGGGAGUUUUUACUGGAGGCAAAAGUCCAUAGCGGGCGGGCUGAGGGAGGGGCGGAGGAAGGGGACCGCUUGGGGGCACUGGGAAGCCAGGGAUCCUCCGCCAGGAAGGCAGGGACACUCCCGAGCGCAGGCGAGAAGGCUGGGGGAGGGGGCGCGGUGGGAGGAGUAGGAGAAGACAAAAGCCGAAAGCGAAGAGGGCCCGGGCUGCACACACCGGCUGGGAGGCAACCGUCUGUGCAGCGAGCAGCCGGCGCGGGGAGGCCGCAGUGCACGGGGCGUCACAAUCGGCAGGCAGCAUGGGGAAGGGAGGGAACCAGGGCGAGGGGGCCGCCGAGCGCGAGGUGUCGGUGCCCACCUUCAGCUGGGAGGAGAUUCAGAAGCAUAACCUGCGCACCGACAGGUGGCUGGUCAUUGACCGCAAGGUUUACAACAUCACCAAAUGGUCCAUCCAGCACCCGGGGGGCCAGCGGGUCAUCGGGCACUACGCUGGAGAAGAUGCAACGCACAUUUCCAGUGCCAUGGUAGUAUUCGGUCUUGUCCUUUUCAUUGACAACCCUGGACAUGUAGGUGAGGAACUGGAUGCCUUCCGCGCCUUCCACCCUGACCUGGAAUUCGUGGGCAAGUUCUUGAAACCCCUGCUGAUUGGUGAACUGGCCCCGGAGGAGCCCAGCCAGGACCACGGCAAGAACUCAAAGAUCACUGAGGACUUCCGGGCCCUGAGGAAGACGGCUGAGGACAUGAACCUGUUCAAGACCAACCACGUGUUCUUCCUCCUCCUCCUGGCCCACAUCAUCGCCCUGGAGAGCAUUGCAUGGUUCACUGUCUUUUACUUUGGCAAUGGCUGGAUUCCUACCCUCAUCACGGCCUUUGUCCUUGCUACCUCUCAGGCCCAAGCUGGAUGGCUGCAACAUGAUUAUGGCCACCUGUCUGUCUACAGAAAACCCAAGUGGAACCACCUUGUCCACAAAUUCGUCAUUGGCCACUUAAAGGGUGCCUCUGCCAACUGGUGGAAUCAUCGCCACUUCCAGCACCACGCCAAGCCUAACAUCUUCCACAAGGAUCCCGAUGUGAACAUGCUGCACGUGUUUGUUCUGGGCGAAUGGCAGCCCAUCGAGUACGGCAAGAAGAAGCUGAAAUACCUGCCCUACAAUCACCAGCACGAAUACUUCUUCCUGAUUGGGCCGCCGCUGCUCAUCCCCAUGUAUUUCCAGUACCAGAUCAUCAUGACCAUGAUCGUCCAUAAGAACUGGGUGGACCUGGCCUGGGCUGUCAGCUACUACAUCCGGUUCUUCAUCACCUACAUCCCUUUCUACGGCAUCCUGGGAGCCCUCCUUUUCCUCAACUUCAUCAGGUUCCUGGAGAGCCACUGGUUUGUGUGGGUCACACAGAUGAAUCACAUCGUCAUGGAGAUUGACCAGGAGGCCUACCGUGACUGGUUCAGUAGCCAGCUGACAGCCACCUGCAACGUGGAGCAGUCCUUCUUCAACGACUGGUUCAGUGGACACCUUAACUUCCAGAUUGAGCACCACCUCUUCCCCACCAUGCCCCGGCACAACUUACACAAGAUCGCCCCGCUGGUGAAGUCUCUAUGUGCCAAGCAUGGCAUUGAAUACCAGGAGAAGCCGCUACUGAGGGCCCUGCUGGACAUCAUCAGGUCCCUGAAGAAAUCUGGGAAGCUGUGGCUGGACGCCUACCUUCACAAAUGAAGCCACAGCCCCCGGGACACCGUGGGGAAGGGGUGCAGGUGGGGUGAUGGCCAGAGGAAUGAUGGGCUUUUGUUCUGAGGGGUGUCCGAGAGGCUGGUGUAUGCACUGCUCACGGACCCCAUGUUGGAUCUUUCUCCCUUUCUCCUCUCCUUUUUCCCUUCACAUCUCCCCCAUAGCACCCUGCCCUCAUGGGACCUGCCCUCCCUCAGCCGUCAGCCAUCAGUCAUGGCCCUCCCAGUGCCUCCCAGCCGCUUCUUCCAAGGAGCAGAGAAGUGGCCACCGGGGGUGGCUCUGUCCUACCUCCACUCUCUGCCCCUAAAGAUGGGAGGAGACCAGCGGUCCAUGGGUCUGGCCUGUGAGUCUCCCCUUGCAGCCUGGUCACUAGGCCUCACCCCCGCUUUGGUUCUUCAGAUGCUCUUGGGGUUCGUAGGGGCAGGUCCUAGUCGGGCAGGGCCCCUGACCCUUCCGGCCUGGCUUCACUCUCCCUGACGGCUGCCAUUGGUCCACCCUUUCGUAGAGAGGCCUGCUUUGUUACAAAGCUCGGGUCUCCCUCCUGCAGCUCGGUUAAGUACCCGAGGCCUCUCUUAAGAUGUCCAGGGCCCCAGGCCUGCGGGCACAGCCAGCCCAAACCUUGGGCCCUGGAAGAGUCCUCCACCCCAUCACUAGAGUGCUCUGACCCUGGGCUUUCACGGGCCCCAUUCCACCGCCUCCCCAACUUGAGCCUGUGACCUUGGGACCAACGGGGGAGUCCCUCGUCUCUUGCGACUCAGCAGAGGCAGUGGCCACGUUCAGGGAGGGGCCAGCUGGCCUGGAGGCUCAGCCCACCCUCCAGCUUUUCCUCAGGGUGUCCUGAGGUCCAAGAUUCUGGAGCAAUCUGACCCUUCUCCAAAUGCUCUGUUAUCAGCUGGGCAGUGCCAGCCAAUCCCUGGCCAUUUGGCCCCAGGGGACGUGGGCCCUGCAGGCUGCAGGAGGGCACUGGAGCUGGGAGGUCUCGUCCCAGCCCUCCCCAUCUCGGGGCUGCUGUGUGGACGGCGCUGCCUCAGGCACUCUCCUGUCUGAACCUGCCCUUACUGUGUUUAACCUGUUGCUCCAGGAUGCAUUCUGAUAGGAGGGGGCGGCAGGGCUGGGCCUUGGGACAAUCUGCCUUUCACCACAUGGCCUUGCCUCGGUGGCCCUGACUGUCAGGGAGGGCCAGGGAGGCAGAGCGGGAGGGAGUCUCAGGAGGAGGCUGCCCUGAGGGGCUGGGGAGGGGGGUACCUCAUGAGGACCAGGGUGGAGCUGAGAAGAGGAGGAGGCGGGGGCUGGAGGUGCUGGUAGCUGAGGGGACGGGCAAGUGAGAGGGGAGGGAGGGAAGUCCUGGGAGGAUCCUGAGCUGCUGUUGCAGUCUAACCCACUAAUCAGUUCUUAGAUUCAGGGGAAGGGCAGGCACCAACAACUCAGAAUGGGGGCUUUCGGGGAGGGCGCCUAGUCCCCCCAGCUCUAAGCAGCCAGGAGGGACCUGCAACUAAGCAUCUGGGUUGCCAUGGCAAUGGCAUGCCCCCCAGCUACUGUAUGCCCCCGACCCCCGCAGAGGCAGAAUGAACCCAUAGGGAGCUGAUCGUAAUGUUUAUCAUGUUGCUUCCCCACCCCUACAUUUUUUGAAAUAAAAUAAGGAAUUUUAUUCUCA